GUCAUCCAGGGUUCUUGGUAUUAUAGUUACAUCGGAAACAACGGCCUUGGACCACGUUGUAAGGAUUGAUGAACGGUCUUAAUAGAAAGAUAAUUUGCCAUCCGCAAUUCUUUCACAUAAACUAUGGCCAGACCUCAUCAACUUCACAACGAAGACACAGCAAUGUCUCUUAUUGACAGAAUAUCAGAUGUUUACAACUCAACUCUUUCAAAAGGAGAUCCAAGGGUGGAGAACUGGCCGCUGAUGGAGUCCCCUCUAUCAUGUACCUUGAUCCUCGUAACCUACUUCAUCUUCCUUCGAACUGGACCGAGAAUGAUGGAGAAUCAGAAACCACUCAACUUGAAGCCCAUCCUGCUCAUCUAUAACAUUACAAUGGUCUUGCUUUCACUCUACAUGUGCUAUGAGUUUCGAGUGUCUUCAUGGCUUUCCAAUUAUAACUACACAUGUGAUCCUGUCGACUAUACAGAUGACCCACUUGCACUGAGGAUGGCGAGCGUUUGCUGGUGGUACUUCUUCUCCAAGAUAAUCGAACUCCUGGAUACCGUCUUCUUCAUCCUACGAAAGAAAAACAACCAAGUCACAGUUCUCCAUGUCUACCAUCACAGUACAAUGAUUGUGAACUGGUGGCUUGGGGUUAAAUACGUGGCUGGUGGACAGUCAUUCUUCUUAGCGAUGUGCAACUGUUUUGUUCAUGUGAUAAUGUACUCUUACUACGCUCUCUCAGCCCUUGGGCCGCACAUGCAGAAAUAUUUGACAUGGAAGAAAUACCUCACACAACUUCAGCUGGUCCAAUUCUUCAUGGUUCUUUUCCACACCGGUCUGAACAUCUUCGUCGAAUGCUCCUUCCCACAAGGAUUCAACUACGCAGUCUUUUUGUACGCAAUAUCUAUGGUCCUGCUCUUCGGUAAUUUCUACAGCAAAUCGUACCACAAAGAAAAGACGGAAAAGGACAAAUCAUAAUUGUCGUUUAGUUUUGUUCUAGUUUUUUAAUUUAGAAAAAAACCACGGAUAGUACUGUGUAUAGUUGGUAUCAAUAAUGCAUAUAACACUUUUCUUGCUUAUUUGAUGUAAGAUAAAUAAUCUUUUUCAAAAAGAAUUCCUAAUAUAACCCUGGAUUUCUAUGGUGAUGGAGCAAUCGGCCGCCUUGGACCACACGGCCACGAGAAAUAAUGAAAUAAAAUAAAGUAACAGCCUGUAUACCUAAUUUCCAUCUUUAUCGAUUUAUUUCAGGCUAUCAAAGGCAAUACCGGUUUCCAUAAAAAAAACCCGGGCGUUUGGAAUAAAAAUGUACGCCUGCCGUGACUUUAAAACUUGAAAAUUCAUCAGCCUUUCACAACACGGGUCUCUGGUUUAAAGUAUCUCAUUUGAAAACUUUAAAAUUGUAGAGAUUUGUAGUUUAGACAUAUUUUUAUAAAUACUUGUCAAAGUUUCAAAGCUUCAAUCUUUAUCUAUUAUAAAUGUAAAUUAAUUCAAUCAAGCCUAGUUGCACUUGUUUGGUACUUAGUGUUGACGUAAAUAAUAGAUUAUUUAGAAUCCGA